GCGGCCGCCCUCGCGUUGUUCUCAGAGCGCGAUCCAGACUGAGUGGAACGUCUAGCGCUAGGCGGCAGAAGGGGGUGUUGGUGUGGCCGCCAUUAUCGGCACCGCGAUGACGUUCAAGCGGAGCCGAGACCGCUUCUAUAGUACUCGCUGUUGCGGCUGCUGUCAUGUCCGGACGGGCACCAUCAUCCUGGGCACCUGGUGUAUGGUGAUGAAUCUAUUGAUGGGUAUAUUGUUGACUGUUGAAGUGACUCACCCCAAUACUGUGCCAACAGUUGACAUCCAGUAUGAAGUCAUUGGUAACUACUAUGCCUCUGAGACGGUGGCUGAAAAUGCAUGUGUUGUCUUCGCCAUCUCUCUCCUCAUGUUCACAAUCAGUGCUAUGAUGGUGUAUGGAGCCAUUGCGCAUCGAGUCGGCUGGCUGAUUCCAUUCUUCUGUUACCAGCUUUUUGACUUUGUCCUCAGUUGUCUGGUGGCCAUAAGUUCUCUGACGUACUUACCAAGAAUAAAAGAUUACCUGGACCAGCUCCCAGAUUUCCCGUACAAAGAUAAACUCCUUUCCUUUGAUUCAAGCUGUCUUCUGUUCAUUGUCCUGGCGUUCUUUACCUUCGUCAUCAUCUUAAAGGCCUACUUAAUUAACUGUGUAUGGAACUGCUAUAAAUACAUUAUCAACAGAAACUUGCCCGAGAUAGCAGUGUACCCUGCAUUUGAAGCACCUCCACAGUGUGUUCUGCCAACCUACGAGAUGGCAGUGAAAAUGCCUGAGAAGGAACCUCCGCCUCCUUACAUACCCGCUUGAAGCAACGCAGCCGAUAAUGGAAACAUCUGUACCAGCUUCUCUUUUUAUAUACUGCAAAACUGCUUAAAUAAAUAUUCAGGGCUUUAGGAGUGAAACUGCGUGGUUGAGUUGAGAGGCAUUUGAUAUAACCCUACUAAACAAAAAGAUUCGUAAUGGUAUGAUUUCCCCCCCCCUCCCAUCUUGAUAGCUUUUAAUUUUAUUGGUCUCCCUAAGCCUCUUACACAGUUACUGCCUUACAGUUUAAUUCUGCAAGUACCUCUGUAUUUGUAUAUAACUGGUUCAUGUUUCUGUUGAUUUUUUUUUUUGCAUUAGUAUGGAUAACUAGGAAUAGUUUAGGAGAUGAAUGUUUGCAAGAUUAGGCUCUUCAGAAAGAUUAUGCUAUGGAUUUGUUCGCAAGGACAAUCUGGUCAGACGGCAAUAAGUCAGGUUGGGUUUUUUCAUUCCUCACUUGAUAGAAGGAGAGAAAGGUGUUCAAAUGUGGUAUACAAUUAUAAAUAUAUACUUUUUUGCACUUUUUCCCUUUAUCGUACCUUACUGUGUUAUCCAAUGCCUUGAACCCAUAUUUUCAGGAAGCCUGAAGUUGGCACUACAGUUUGAAGUUUUUACUACAUGCUGUGAAUGCAGGGAAAAUUCACACAAAAUUACAUUUGUGUCAGAUGUCAGUGCAUGCUUCUAAUCUGUAUGUAUUUUCAUCUUUGUUAUAAAUGAUGCUUUAAUAAAUCUUGUUUUAAAAAAAAUUGCCAGCAGCUUUGAUGCACGAUUUUAUCAGUGGUUGUUGUGGGUUUUCCGGGCUGUAUUGCCAUGGUCUUGGCAUUGUAGUUCCUGACGUUUCGCCAGCAGCUGUGGCUGGCAUCUUCAGAGGUGUAGCACCAAAAGACAGAGAUCUCUCAGUGUCGCACUGAGACACUGAGAAAACCCACAACAACCAUCGUUCUCCGGCCGUGAAAGCCUUCGACAAUACAUCGAUUUUAUCAGUCUUGAGUGGUGUAAAAAUAGUUUUCUGGUAUCAUUCUUUCUUGAAAUAAAAUCUCAAGAGCCUCUUCAGGUUA